AUUAGAAAUGUGCUGACUCUAAUCGUUUCUGUCAGAUGCUUUUGAUAACCAGCUCUAUUUUCCCACCCCAAGUUUCUACUCUUGUCCGCGAGACGUUCGUGUGUCAGAAUAAAUCUUCUUAUUCUGGCCUACUAAAUCUAAAUCGAUCAGUAGCUUGAAUUCAAAGAGAGUUAAACUGGCUCAUCACACCUAUGCGACCCAGUUCCCUUCAACAUUUAUGAGAAACAAAAAACUUACGAGAACCUUGGAAGGGGAAUUGAUCGGGGUCCUCAACACCAAGGCACAUUUUCGCAGGGUUCUUUGUUUUAAGGCAAAAUUGUCCCGUCGGCUUCAUACUCUCUGUCAGCUAACCUUGUCCUUCCACCUUUCCCGGACUUUCUGUACACAGCCACAAACUCAAGUACUGUCCAAUCUCUUCUUGUCCAACUGACGUCAGUAGAUUGCUUACAUUUCUCGACAUCGGACGUGUCUACAGUGCCGCAUACUGAUCGAUCCUUACUCGAGUCGUUCUUCUUCACUAUGAGAAUGCUCGGAGGAUGUUUAUUUGCUUCAGUACAAGAGGUUUAUGGUUAAACAUCUCGUUCGAGACGGUUGCUCUCCCCGACCUCUCACGAUUUAGGAGCUGCCUCAAUGAUUCCAUCCCUUUUCGACUUCUAGGGUUCCGGUGACAGCCAUCAAAGACUUGGGAGCUUGAAGGGUAAGGUGACAGUACUGAAGCUACCGGUAUCUAGCUGUCGAACGGAGCAGAAUGUGCAAUUUGCCCCGUGACUAAUUCAGAAAGCGAACAAUGUAUUCCAUGCCCGAUGACCACUACUAUUCUAGAGGCUAUGAACCGCAAAAUGGCGCAGAAGUGAGCUCCGUACCGAGAUAUUCUAUGCACAAUGAUCGAAUGGAUAUCUUCCCUCCGAAAUAUCCAGCUGGAGAUGGCCGAGAUGUGUUCCAAACGAGACCGCCAUUACUAGAUGAUCGAAGGGACAGCUUCCCACCGAGGCACCCUAUGCUAAAUGGACGAGGGGAAAGUCUGGCUUCAACUUACACGACGCAAAAUGACCGAGUAGAUGGCUUUCCAGUGAACAGCAGAGCCUUAUCCCCUCUUCUUGACGAAUCAUCUGGAUCCUCGGGAGGUUGGAGUUCUUCAAUUACUUCAUACAUUGGUUCAUGGAUGGGUCGUGAAGCAGGAUCUCCCGGAGGCAAAACACGGGCGGAGAACGGCCUAUCUCCUGGAAUUGUUCGUGAGCCUUUAAGGAUUCAAGGAGCCUCGGCGUAUUACAGUGGACACGAUUCAAGUUACCCUAGCCAAUCGUAUAAUUUUCCGUCUGCAGAUCAUGGAAGCCGAGAUCUUAGUGGAAAAAUUGAUAGAACUUUGGCAGUCUAUGAACCCCAUCAAGUGGCUCUUUACGAUCCUCAGCUGAGCAUUGCAAGGAAAGAGGUCAAGGAGUUGGAGUCUGUUUUGGCGGCCAAAGACGCUUGCAUUGACGGCCUGGAAAAGACCGUAAACGGAAAGAAGAAGUUCAUCGACGAAAUGGAGAAAGACUUUAAAGAGGUUAGGAAGAGUCUGUUUGUUAUGGAGGGCCGCGUGAAGGAUUUGGAAUCAAGCAAUGCUGAGCAUCAAGUAAAGUUAAAAGAAAAGGAGCAGGAGGUAAGAGGGCUUCUCCAGCGCCUUGAGAAGUCUCAAACCAACUCUGCGGGGAAGGAUGAUAAGAUGAAAGAGCUUCAAAGCGCUUUGCAAGAGGCCAGACGCGAGAUCCAGCAUUUAAAAGCUUGGAGGGUAGAUCAGGAGAAGAAUAGGGAGACUGAGGUUGUCGCUUUGGAACAGUUGAAAACGAAAGUUUUGGAUUUGACGACAAUGAAUAGUCUUUUGGAGAGUAAGAAACUCCAGUUGGCGAAGCAGGUCAAGGAUCAGACGGAGCGUUUACAGGACCUUAACCAGAAAGUCUCGACGCAAGAGCUGACGGUGGCAGCCAAAGAGCUUGAGGUGCAGGAUCUUAGAGAUCGGCUGGGUGAAGAGCAGGAGAAGUUUUCUAAGUUAAGCAAGGACGUGGAGGAGAAAAGCAGUCAAAUGAACGAAUUAAUUGAAUACGUCGAGCAGCUCGAGCAGGAGCUCGCUACUCUGCAGAAGCAAUUGCGGGGCACAAGCACUGAUGAUCACGAACUGCUUAAAGCACAUUGCUUGGCUUUGGAAGAGCAAGUAGGAUCACACGAAUUAGAGAUGCAGAACCAAAGGGCUCGAUUGCGUGAAGAGUGGGAGACGACGUCAAAAUUGAAUGAGAGGAUACGACAAAGCGAUAUUCAAAUUGAAGAUCUAAAACAACAAAUCGAAGACCUAGAGGGCGGGGAAUCAGGAGUCGUCAAGAGCGUACCCAAGGAGAUUGUCGGAAGAGUCUCGUCUUUUGGGUCGCAAGCCACCCCUCAGCUUCUCGAGAAGGCUGUCCGGCUCGUGCACGAAGUUGCGGGAAUCUUUUCAAGGCUUUUGAUGAAGGCAAUGGAGCAGGGCAAGAUCGAUGGGAUGGCAGUGGCUCGCAAUAAUUUUGUCCGCUCCGUGUCACUUGGCAAGGCAGCUCCUCUGAAGUACGUCUUGGAGGCCAUCACCUGUAAGUUAUUGUUCCAAGGCUUCGAACACGAAUGCUUUGACCUUCAGGAUAGCUCCUCGGGGUUUAUGGAUCUCGAGAGACAGAGAGUCGAAAAUUUCCGUCAGUACAAGAUGCUCAAUGCCAUGGAUAACCCGGAGCAUUACGUGCAUUCGGGAGACAGUCUUUUUACUCAUUUUUGCCGCAUCAAACUGGAAGACCUGAGUGAUACCAUUCCAGAGAUUUCCAGCAUGGUGAAAGAGAUCAUCGACCUCACCUUCGAAAACUCUUCCGCCGAAGACUCUUCCACUGAGGUCACCACUUACCUCACUGCUAAGCUCGGCACCACAUUUUUCCAGCUUGCGGCUUGCGUCUGGCAGGUACACAAGCUUGCCUUCGCCUUCCACCCCAUGGCUCGCAUCUUUCGUGUUGCGCAGUCUGAGAAGUUUGUAGAGAAGUACAUGGAGUCUGUCAUUUUCCAGGAGUCAGAAUCCGAUGAAGACGAGGAUAUGCCCAGCUCAGACAUUUCCCGAGUUGAUUUUAUGGUUGUGCCGGGCUUCCUCAUCGACAGAGUGGUAGUGCGUAGCAGGGUUUUUGUCGUCACAAAACCCGUGUUGAGUUCCGUUCGGUUGCCCAUCCGAACUAAGUGAAUUCCGUUUUGCAUUCUUCAACUUAGCGAGGCUUUUACAUUCAUUUGAUGUAGAUAUCUGCAAAUGAUGCAAAUGGUCGGAAUCGGUAUGUUAGUCUCAUCUUGGCUCUACUUAAUACAGUAAGCAUGGAAACUUCACACCAGUUUUGAGGUUUAGGAUGAACACUAAGAAUGCUUGAUCUGUGAGCCGGGUUAAUUUAGAACAAACUUGAGAGCUUUCAGUAAUCCAUGGGCAAGUCAUAUUUAGUGGAGUUUUUGUGUAUGAUCAAGGAAUACUUCGAAUGUCUUUGUAUCACGCUCUCAAUGCUCCACAUUGCAUAUUGUUGAGGAUUUUUGUUGUUCAAGUACCUAUAUACUUUCAGUGAAACAUACUUGUUUCA